AUUUGCUAAUCGAUCAAAUUAUUAUAUAAAUCCGUUUAGUUUUUAUGUCAAAUUUACUGAACUUUAUUCUUUAAAUAGACUUUGUAAAGCCAAUUUUGAAUUCAUUCGCGCUAUGUCCACCCUCAAUAAGGACCAACCUGAAAUUCUUAAAUGGGCCUCACCUGAUGGUGAAUUCCGCAGAAAAGCCUCUUCAUUUCGUAAUACAAUCAGCAAAGACCCCAAUGCAAUCUACACUGCUGAAAAAGACAGAUAUCACUUGUAUGUUAGUUGGGCUUGUCCUUGGGCACAUCGAACCGUUAUCGUCCGUUCACUUAAAGGUCUUGAUAAUUUGAUAGGGUUGAGUGUUGUCAGCUAUAUUUUGGGCGAAAAAGGAUGGAAAUUUAACACCCCUGAAGAAACUCCUGGUGCCAUUCCAGAUAAUGUUAAUAACGCUCAAUAUCUUAGAGAAUUAUAUUUCAAAAGUGACCCCAAUUACGGUGGAAGGUUUACUGUACCUGUUCUUUGGGACAAAAAAACUCAAACAAUAGUUAAUAAUGAAUCUAGUGAAAUUAUCCGCAUUUUUAAUGAUGCAUUCGAUGAUUUUACUCCGGAAACCAAAGGAGUAACUUAUUAUCCCGAGAAUUUACGUACACAAAUUGAUGAAAUUAACGAAUGGGUUUAUGAUACGGUUAAUAACGGCGUGUACAAAUGCGGUUUCGCUACGACUCAAGAAGCUUAUAAUCGUAAUAUUGAACCACUUUUUAAGUCAUUGGAUCGAUUGGAAGGAAUCCUUUCAAAAAAUGAAUUUCUUGUAGGAAAUACUUUUACUGAAGCUGAUAUUAGACUCUGGACAACAAUUAUUAGGUUUGAUCCCGUAUAUCAUACACACUUUAAAACUAACAAGAAAACAAUUGCACAUGAUUAUCCUAAUAUUCUUCGUUGGGCUAGGCAAAUUUAUCAAAUGCCAAAAAUUUCUGAUACCGUUAAUAUGUAUCAUAUUAAGCAUCAUUACUUUGAAAGUCACAAACAAAUCAAUCCAACUGGGAUAGUACCCAUUAAUAAUGGUCCAGAUCUUGCUCAACCUAUUAUAGAAUCCAAAAAUGUUUAGAAUACUUUAUAUUUAUGUAUUUUAUAUAUCGUCUGAAAUAAUAUAUUAGUUUGUUUCACUUAUGAACUU